AGGAGCAUGCCGGGAUGCAGCAGCUGUUCCAAGACCCACACCCACACCCACUACACCACGCGCUGGCCAUGUCCGGUUUCCAGAGGUUUGGGAGUGCCUCGGCAUUGCCGGACCUGUCGUUCGGAGGAGCGGCGGCGGUGGCGGUCAAGACCGAGCAAGGGCAGCCGUCGUUGUCGAGGUCGGGCAUCCUCUCGUUCGGCGCGCUGCCGCCGGCGGCUAGAACGCUCAGCUUCUCGGGAGGAGAAGACUGGCCGGACGUCGCCGUCGAAGGGGUGCCGCCGGAGAGGCGGAGCCGGUCGCACUUGAGCGCGCAAGAGCAUGUCGCCGCCGAGCGCAAGCGGCGUGAGAAGAUGCAGCAGCAGUUCGUGGCGUUGGCCACCAUGGUCCCUGACCUCACCAAGACGGACAAGAUCUCUAUCCUUGGGAGCACCAUCCAGUACGUGAAGCAGCUUGAGGAGAAGGUGAAGACACUAGAGAAGCAACAGAGCGAAAGGAGAACAACCUCUGAGGGCUUUGAGGGCAAGGGUCACGCAUCCUCAACCGACAGCCAGCAGGCGCCAGGUCCCAGCGGGAGCACCCAUGGUGUCGGCAGCUCCAUCCCGACCGUUGAGGCGAGCAUCCAUGGUGACACCGUCCUGCUGAAAAUCUGUUGCGAGAGGAGGAGCGGAGUGCUGGUGAUGAUCAUCUCCGAGCUCGAGAGCCUGGGCCUCUCCAUCCUAAACACCAGCGUCUUCCCCUUCAGCAGCUCGUAUUUCAGCAUCAACAUCACUGCCAAGGCAAGGAUCCCAUAUUCCCACAUCCCCAUUGAUCGAUGGACCCAUUUAAUCUUUUCAGAAGUUGGUUUUUGCAACUCCAAUUUUUUUUGUUUUACAGAUAAUAUUGAACAUGUUUAUGUCUCGUGCAGAUUGGAGAAGGCUUUUCGACGACAGUUGAGCUCGUGAAGAAUCUCACCACGGCUCUCAGAGGUUUCUCUUGAGAAGAAAAGACAAUAAGAAGAGUAUCAAGUGAAUGUGAAUGAAGCUAAUUUCUUAUUUCUCUAAAGUUAUAGUUUU